GCCAAACGUUGAGGGACUGAAGAGCCGAGCCAAGCCGCUGCCUUCUCAUCGUUCUUUCUUCAUUCUUGGGGCGUCUCCAUCCAGUCUUCUCCGUCUCAGAGCUCGCGUGCGUCCCCUACUUCGUUGUGCUCUUGAAUCAGCAUUAGUCGCACCGCCGUGUACCUGAGCUCCAGAUUCGGUGGGAUUGAGCAUCGUACAAGUGGCCGUUGCCUCCAUUGCCAUUAAUUUCCACACAAGUGAUGCUUGCUUUGCCUCAUUCCCGUUUCGUGGGGUCUUAAGCCCUUCAAUUUGAUAUAGUGACUACUCUGUGUUCCCUCUACAAGUGCAAAAGCUUUGGAUAUCUGUCCAUGCCUCCUAGGAAGAAACCCAGCUCUUCUAAGAAAUCGAAUCUGAGCAGCCAGGCUCAGCCUUCUAAGUUCGGCAUUCAACAUUUUUUUGAGCGCCACACCCAGAAUGCUCUUGUGGCCUCUCAGAAGCAGCCAAAAAAUGAUCCAGCUGCGAACCGUCCCAUUUCUGCUCCCCAAGAUUCCAAGUCUGUUGCAUCUCCUAACUCUCAUAUUCCACCUGUUGCUGGGUCGCAAGCUGUCGCUCCAAACAAUUUAGAUUCCGUUCUUGCUAGAGCUGAAAGUAAAUUGAACUCAGACUUGGCUGGGCCAAAAAUUGAGAAUUCAGAAUCGCAAAAGCGUAAAGACACCCCGCAAGUUGGAGCAAAUGAAUACAAUAACGUUUCGCAGAAUACUCCUUCAGAGAAUUUGUUAAUACCAGGGUUUGAUGCUGUGGAAAAUCUCCCUGAGGCGUCUCCGGAAAUUUCCAAGAUUGUGCCUCAUAAGCGCUUUAAGUUCUCGCCUGGGAUGUUAAUAAAACAGAGCCAGGAUGAUGGGGUUGAUGAAGUCACAUGGAAGAUAUCUCCUGUGAAUGAAAGACUUCAAGCAGUUUCAAAACACAUGCCUCAGAUGAUUCAGGCUUUGGCUGAAUCUUCUAGAAUCAACUUAUUGCCCGUUGGGAUUUCCUCAGAGAAUCAGACUUCUCUGACUAAAGGUGGCAAAUUUGAAAAGAUACUUGCUUCACCAUCUACAAAGGCUGCUGAGAGGUCAACAGUGUUGAAGAAUGAAAAAGGCUUGAAACGUAUAAACGCAGACCAAGACAUGGUUUUUAACGUCAGUUCAACUGCUGUGAAUGGUUCUGGAGUAAUUACUGUACAGAGCCCCUUCCGAACUCCGCCAUCUCUAUCCUAUUGCUCUGAUAAGGUGCAGCUUGUCAGGGAUGUUGAGCACAAUGGACUAUCUGACCAGCUUUAUUUAAGACAGCAUAAAAAGGCAUUGCUUGAACUGUUAGAUCAAGUCGAAGAUGCCAUUUGUGUUGAAGAUGCUACAAUCUGUGAUAAAAGUGCAAAUUACAUUAAGUCUCAAGAUGGAAUUGCUGAUAAUCUGCCCAUCAGAGUUGACUCUGCAGCAGAAAGCACUAGAAUUCAUAAGCCCAAAGAGGCCCUUGGUGGGUCCAGUUCUAAUUAUUUGGUCUUGGAGGUAUCUGAAAAACAUAGUCUUGCUAAUUCAUCUGCUUUGCAAGGCCCAUACAAGGUGCUUCGUUUAAUAAAUGAACAAACUGGAGAAGAGAAGGCUGCAAACUUGUUGGAAGAGUGGUCUUACAGUGUUGUUGCACCCGGAGAUACUGUGAAUAUAAUUGGUCAAUUUGAUGAUUGGGGGCAUUGUGAUGUAGAUCAUGAUAAUAAUUUUUUGAUUGUACACCCAGAUAUUCUGGUGUCUGGGUCUCGGGUAGCUGCUAGUUUUACUUGUCCAAGGAGAACUGUCUUAGAUGAGAGGCUAAAAUGUAAUGAGCACUCAAUUGCUGCAUUAACUGGAACCUUACUUCACCAAAUUUUUCAGGCUGGACUUAUCAAGGAUAGUCCUUCAAUAAACUUCUUAGAGGAAUAUGCACGAUUGGUACUCCAGAGAAACAUUGAAAGCUUGUAUGCAUGUGGAGUAAAUGAAAAUGAUGUGCACAAAACCUUGAUAGACGCCAUUCCACGAAUAUUAAAUUGGAUCAAACUGUUCAAGAAUUCAGAGGAAAAGAGAGAUGCUUAUGUUGAUUUUGGAUGUGAUGAUGGGAUAAAGAAAGUCAAAGUAUCGGAGGUGCUUGAUAUUGAGGAAAUGGCAUGGGCUCCUCAGUAUGGUUUGAAAGGGAUGAUUGAUGCUUCUGUCAGUGUGAAAGUUCUACCUAAGGGAAAUGAAUCAGAUGAAAAGGUCAUGCCAUUAGAGUUCAAAACUGGGAAAGCAAUGUCUGGCCAGUCAUCUAUAGAACAUCGUGCCCAAGUGAUCUUGUACACUCUUCUGAUGUCAGAAAGGUACCUAAAGACUAUCGAUUCUGGUCUUCUAUAUUAUCUCCAGUCAGAUCAGACGGAGGGUAUUGUUGUUCAAAGAUCUGACUUAGUUGGGCUAAUCAUGCGACGUAAUGAGCUUGCAAGUGAUAUUCUGAAAGCAUUAACCACUCAACAACUGCCUCCAAUGUUACAGAGUCUGAGCAUUUGCCGAGGUUGUCGCCAUCUUAAUGUUUGUAGCAUUUAUCACAAGGUACAAGGAGGAAGUGCAAUGAGUAGUGGAUUGGGAGAUGUGUUUGAUUCACAUACUAAUCACCUUUCAUCUACUUAUUGUAAGUUCCUCUGCCAUUGGGAUUGGCUGAUUGACUUAGAAGCAAAAGAGACUGAGUUUGUAAAGAAAGAGAUGUGGCGAUCACAUGCUUUUAAAAGUCAGAACAGUACUGGCCUUUCUUCUGUCAUCCUUGAUGCUUCAAAUAAUAUUCCACAUCAGAAAUCUCUUAAAGAUAAUUGUUUCAUUUAUCGUUUUGUACGAUGUGGUCCAUCUUCCCUAUCUGAAGAUGGCGAUCCUUCUAAAGCUACAGCAAAUUAUUUAGAUCUGAAACUAAGAAGUGGAGACUAUGUGAUAUUGAGCACUGAAUCUAGCCGUCAAGCUAUUGCCAGUGGGGUGAUUACAGAUAUUAGUCAUGCCCAUGUUUCUGUUUCCUUUUCAAAGCGCCUGCGGAUUCCUGGAAGCACCUCCACUAGCCAAGAUCUCUAUAAACAGGUUUGGAGAAUUGAUAAGGAUGAAGGUGUGACUUCAUUUGCUAUUAUGAGGUUUAAUCUAGUACAGCUUUUUCUGCAAAAUGCUCGAAGUACUCAUCUGAGGAAAAUGAUUGUUGAUCUUGAGGCUCCUAAAUUUGACAGUGGAUCUGUGCUCAGUCAGGACCCAGCAAUAUCAUAUGUGUGGUCAGAGAAGAGUUUGAAUGAUGAUCAGCGUAGAUCAAUCCUCAAGAUUCUUACUGCAAAGGACUACGCACUCAUAUUAGGAAUGCCCGGAACAGGAAAGACAUCAACUAUGGUUCAUGCUGUGAAAGCAUUAUUAAUCAGAGGCACAACUAUUUUGCUGACAGCUUAUACAAACUCAGCUGUAGAUAAUUUACUUAUCAAAUUAAAAGCUCAGGGAAUUGAUUUUGUCCGUAUUGGAAGACAUGAAGCUGUGCAUGAGGAGGUUAGAGGACACUGCCUUUCAGCAACAAAUGUACAAAAUGUUGAUGAGAUCAAAGUAAGGUUAGAACAAGUUAAAGUAGUUGCAGUUACAUGUCUGGGCAUCACCAGUCCCUUGCUUGCCAACAGGACUUUUGAUGUAUGCGUUAUGGACGAAGCUGGGCAGACAACUCUACCAGUGUCCUUGGGCCCUCUCAUGUUUUCCUCAAUGUUUGUACUUGUGGGUGAUCACUAUCAACUUCCUCCGCUCGUCCAGAGGCUCGAGAGAAUGGUCUGGGGAUAAGUUUAUUUUGUAGGCUCUCAGAAGCACAUCCACAAGCAAUUUCAGCACUACAGAGUCAGUACCGUAUGUGUCAGGGCAUCAUGGACCUGUCAAAUGCCUUGAUAUAUGGUGAUAGGUUAAGGUGCGGUUCCACUGAGAUUGCCAAUGCAAAACUUGCGUUUUCUACCUUAAAAUGUGCCUUGCCUUGGCUAAAAAAU